AUGAAAAAGUUGCCAACUGCUAAUGCGGAAACACUCACUGAUCCCGCACUUGCUCCACUCAACACUGCUCGAAGUGAAUCGAAUACAAUGCUCGCUGUUUCGGAAGCCAUAGACAUUGCUAAAGCUGAAGCCAGAAAUCUUAUGCUCGAAAAGCUCAAAAAAAGUGAUGCUAUUGUUACACUAAUGGAAGAAUUGAAGAACAUGCCAAAUGUUCGAAUUGCAAACGUCGACGCGGUGGAAACUGCAAUCGCAAACAUGACGAUUGGCGGCUCAAGACAACUUCUUGUCAUAUCUGAUUUCGACUACACUUUGUCGAGAUUUCAUGAUGAUAAUGGCGUUCGUUUAUCGACUACUCACGGCGUUUUUGAUGAUAAUGUGAUGAAAAUCAACCCCGAACUCGGACAGAAGUUUAUUGACCUUCGCAACAAGUAUUAUCCAAUCGAGUUCGACCCGAAACUCACUCCCGAACAAAAGACACCAAUGUUGGAAGCUUGGUGGAGAUCAUCUCAUAAUCUCAUUAUCCAAGAACGAUUCUCGAAGUCGACCAUCGAGGACUUUGUGAGCAAUUCGAGAAUUGUUCUCAGGGAUGGUGCCGAGGAUUUGAUUCUAACUCUUGAUGCACGUAAUAUUCCGCUCGUCAUUUUCUCUGCUGGAAUCGGAAACAUCAUCGAAUACUUUUUGCAAAAAAAGCUUGGUGCUCUUCCAAAAAACACCCAUUUCAUCUCGAACAUGAUUCUUUUUGACGAAGAAGACAAGGCGUGCGCAUUCAGCGAACCGCUCAUUCACACCUUCUGUAAAAAUUCUUCCGUCAUUCAAAAGGAGGCGUCGUUUUUCCACGAAAUGGUCGGAAGAAACAAUGUGCUCCUGCUCGGUGACUCGAUGGGUGAUAUUCACAUGGAUGUUGGUGUUGAGAAGGAUGGUCCGACAUUGAAAGUUGGAUUCUACAACGGAAGUGUCUCUGACGAAGAUUCUAUCAAACAUUACAUUGAAGCCUACGACAUCGUGAUUAUCCACGACAAUUCGUUUACCAUUCCCCAGAGAAUCAUCGAUGUCGUCAAUCACAAUCAUAAUAUCAUCGAUCCAACAACAUUGUAG